AUGAUUUUUCUCACAAAUGCGAACAAUCUUGGCGAAUACGCGCUGAAGAUACUCAACUCGUACUAUGCAGAAAGCAUGCUCACACCAGGGGUCACACAGCGACACUUUCUGAGAGAUAUUGCAAUGUUUUCUGCGCAAUCAAUUGUCUAUUUUUGGGCAUCUUUGUUCUGUCUAGUGUCAAAAACCAGAAAGAAACACUUCGUCGUGAAAAGAUGCAAGCUGGGCUCGCUCUUUCCAAAAACCGCGCGGGCCACAAAGAAGCAGAAGGUCUCCGAGUCGUACGCCGAGAAAGGCCCGGGCAGCACGCAAGAUCAAAAAGAGAGAGUAGAAAAAAUCAUUCUGAUAUUUUUGCUGGCUGUGCUUGCAUGCCUCAACAUUCUCAACAAGAUUCUCCAGUGCAAAAGCCUUGAGUACGUGUCGUUUCCCACGAUGUCAAUUGUGCGGUCGUUCAGGCUUUUCCCAACGCCGCUUGGGGUUGUGCGAAACCGGCGCCAGAGAAUGAGCAUGCUUUCCAUCCUGCUAGCAACCGCGGGGAUGUACGUCUACAUUUUCUCGUGCGAGGAGCGCGUGGAGAGCCUGCACUUUCUGCGGCAGCUUGUUUCGCUGGAGGACUUUAGAAUGCUGUGCCACCACGACAAAAUCAAGAUCAUUCGAAUGACCUUGCAGUUUAUGUACUACUACACAAAGGCAGACCUCCUGGCAGGCAAGGGCCCGGAGGAAGAGAGUGCAUACAUGGAGUGCAUUCUCAGCGGAAAACAGCCCGCCCAGGACUAUUCGCUUCCCGUAAAAGACCAGGCCGCCAGAUACUACAGAAGCAUUCUGCUCCUGUACGGGAACAAGCCCAUCCCCGAGGACAAGCGUGCUGCGCGCGAGGUUUUCAAGCGCGUGCUCGACGUGGAAAAGAAAAGGGGCGGCAGCGGGGCAGACCAGCUGGCCCUUUCUUUCAUAAAGCUGAUAUGCACGCGCCCAAACACAGCGUACUUUCAGGCCUUCUUGGAAAGAAGAAAGUUUGACGCGGCCUUCUAUCUGGCCCUGCACUCGUGGAUGGAGGUGGCCUUUGAGGCGGGCCAGAUAUUCCUGUGUAAAGAGUUUGGAAUACCGUACGAGUUCGUCACCACCGCAGUCAGCCUUUUGUCGGCCACUGUUGGGGCUGCCGUCGUUGCAGGCAUGUCGCACAGCCUAGAAAACGCAAACAUGAACAUUAGGAAGGACAUGGUUAUGUCCUCGAUCAUAUUCCUGUACAUACGCCUGUUCUGCACAAAAGAGUUCUGCGCAGAAAUGGACGACACGCGCAUGGGGCUUCAAAUAGGGAUGAAGUUUUUCUCUCUGCUUCUGUCUGUCAUGUUCUACGGCCACGAUUUUAACCUGGGCCACGUGUCUGGGGUGUUCCUUAUGUUUAUAGGGUGCCUUUUCAACAUAAAUAUGCACACAAUCCUUCUUUCCAGAUGGACGCUUUCCGGGCACAUCCGGAGAAAGUGUCUGUAG